AUGGCCGAGGACAAAUCUUACGUUCUUCAAACCGCUGGUUUCGACGCUCGAUUCCCUAACCAGAACCAAACCAAACACUGCUGGGUGAGUCUUGAUCUUUGUCUUCCCUCUCAUCCUUCAGUCACAGGAGAUAUGUUCAUCUUAAAUGGGAGUGGUGUCGAUCAAAACUUUGUAGACUACCACAAAUGUGUUAACGCCAAAGGAGAAGAAUUCGCUCCUUGUCAACAAUUCAAGAAAGCCUACCGAGCACUUUGUCCUAACGAAUGGGUUGGUAAAUGGGAUGAACAAGUUGAAGCUGGUACUUUCCCAGCUUCUCUUAAACCUUAG